UUGAACAUCAACUCUUGUCUGAAUAAAAUACGGUUGUAGUUUCUGUAUAUAUCUUCUUCCAUCUCACAACUACAACCACAACCACAGAUUCCACCCAACUUUUCCCUCAUCAUGAGCAUCUUUUAUCAUGAAGAGCCACCACCAAAUUCUCCCAAGAGAUGCAAAUUCCUCGCUGCAACUCUGAAAGAUGCGUUUUCCAACUGCCAUAGUUUUGGCGGACGGCGUUCGACGUCAAGCCUGGAAGAGGAGUCUGCAACAAGUGACUUCGAUGAUGACCAGGAAGGAGUUGUUUCAGCCAUUAGAAGUCAAGCUAUGGAAAAGUUGAGACGCAGGCCAAGCCUCUUGACAGAUAGCUUUUCCUUGGUCUACUCUCCUUUGACUAGAGAAUUGUACAUGACUCCGAACGCAGUCCAGCGAAAGGGAGAUCUUGAUGAUCAUCAUGAAGAUGAAGACGAUGAAGAUUUUGUAACUGUUGGAAGUUGUUUCUCCUGCUGUUCGAGUGCUUUGAGCAAGGAAGUAUUUCAUUCUGUUAAGACCAACCUUUCGCGUAGUUCGAGCUUGGACGGGGUUGAUUUUCAAGAGUUUUGGAGGCGUUCGAUCAUUCAGGAGUUGUGUCAUUGCCAAGGGUGGCCAUUUGGUCUCUGCCGGAAGGCCGUCUUACUUCCACCCCUACCUAAAUCCCCGUCUGAAUCCUGGUCAUGGCGUAAAGGCACUAGAAUAGCUAAGAGCUAAUGUUCAAAGUUACUCACCCGCCGUUUCUUGAUGUUCUUUUUUCUUUUUCUUAAUCAGCUUCUCUACUUUACUUUCAAAUAAAGUAAUGUCUAUUAUUAUUGCUUCUUGUUA